CAUAACCAGACAAUCUUAAUAGUAGGCCUUGUCUAUGCGAUAAAUUAUAGACUCCCCGGAUGAGAUCAAUUAUAGGCAUAUUAGGCUAUAAUAAGUUACAUUAUCAUUGUUUUCCCUUGCCUCAGUGGUUACUGUUGGCAAUUAACAUUGCAUAUUCCCUAGGUUUUUCAAAGGUUGAAUCUAGAAAAAUAUGACUAUUGCAUUCUCUGUAUUAUGAAACAGUCUACGAUUAACACCUCUCGCUCGCCAACCUUUUUUUUUUUUAAUGUAAAAUUAAUAUCAAAUCAAUACAUAAAGCACAUGAGGGAACACAAGCAUACAUAGAUUACAAACAAAUCUCGCUCGCCAACCUCCUUUCCAGCGGCUCUCCUCGAGCGCGUCAUGCAGUCAUUUGCAUACGGUGCGAUUUGAAAUACAAUGUAAACAGCUCUUGAACUGAGCAGCUCAUCGAAACAGGUCGAGCAGUCCUUGCUGGCUAUUCGUAUCCUUGGUGGUGUAGGCUGACUGGCAUUAUUUCAGCUGAUGGGCAUGGCCCUGCAUUCUGAUGGAAACGUGGGAGAUUCGAAAUGACUAUUCGUCACAUUGCUCCCGCGGAGAACCAACCUGUGGUUAACACACAGAAAUGUAGCCAAUUUCCUCGGCUUUGACUGUCGCGCAGACACGUCAUUCAGAGACUAGUCCGCGACCCGCCCAGCACCAUUUGACUGAAGAGAGGAAUGAAGAGUGCGGAGUUAUGAUAACAGUUUAACUGGACCUCAGCCGUAGGCUAACAUUUUAUCACACUGAGUGAGUGAUACAGUAUACAUUCUUUGGUUGCCCAGCCGUUGAGCAUUCAGUGAGAUAUCACAUCUGGGCUACCGGAAAUACAAUGCUCAACCACCGCUGUAGAUUGACAUUGCUGCUAUCCAGGUGUUGGACCAAAGAAGAGGGACGUUGUUGAUGUGACAUUACAUCUAUACUGUGUGCAGUUUUUUGUGGUCCCAUACACAGAGUAAGAAGAUGCUGAGCCGUUUCAUGAGUGGCAGCAUCAGGAAUCUGGAACGAGAAUACAACUGUACGGUGAGGCUGCUGGAUGACUCGGAGUACACCUGCACGAUCCAGCGCGAUGCAAAGGGACAGUACCUGUUUGAUCUCAUCUGUCACCACCUUAACCUGCUGGAGAAGGACUACUUUGGCAUCAGAUAUGUGGACCCAGACAAACAGAGGCACUGGUUGGGGUUUACAAAAUGUAUUGCCAAACAAAUGAAAUCCCAGCCUCCAUUCACCAUGUGUUUACGUGUCAAGUUUUACCCUCCUGACCCGGCUGCCCUGAAAGAGGAAAUCACAAGAUAUCUAGUCUUCCUACAGAUCAAGAGAGAUCUGUACCAUGGUCGUCUCCUGUGUAAGACGGCGGAUGCUGCCAUGUUGGCUGCCUACAUACUACAAGCUGAGGUUGGUGACUAUGAUCCUGGAAAGCAUCCUGAGGGCUACAGCUCUAAGUUCCAGUUCUUCCCUAAACACUCAGAGAAGCUGGAGAGACGCAUCUCUGACAUCCACAAGACAGAACUAAUAGGACAGACUCCGGAAGAGUCCGAGCUGAACUUCCUGCAGAAGGCCCAGGAGCUGGAGACGUAUGGUGUGGACCCUCACCCCUGCAAGGAUGUGUCAGGGAACCCUGCCUUCCUGGCCUUCACUCCGUUUGGCUUCACUGUCCUGCAGGGGAACAGGAGAGUCCAUUUCCUCAAUUGGGACGAGGUGACAAAGCUGAAGUUUGAGGCAAAGACAUUCCAUAUAUAUGCAAAUCAGAAAGAGGACAAGAAGAUCAUCUUGACAUAUUUUGCACCUACACCUGAGGCCUGUAAACACCUGUGGAAGUGUGGAGUUGAGAAUCAGGCUUUCUACAAGUUGGACAAGUCCAGCCAGGUCAGAACAGUGUCCAGUAGUAAUCUGUUCUUCAAAGGAAGUAGAUUCAGAUACAGUGGCAGGGUUGCUAAGGAAGUGAUGGAGCAAAGUGCCAAAAUAAAACGGGAACCUCCAGAGAUUCACAGGGCUGGUCUGGUACCCAGUAGGAGCUGUCCUUCCAUCACCCACGGCCCAAGGCUGACCAGUGUCCCCCGACAAAGACGGAGAGCUGUACACAUCUCCAUCAUGGAGGGCCUGGAGUCCCUGCGAGACUCCGCCCACUCCACACCCGUGCGUUCCGUCUCCCACGGCGACUCCUUCAUGCCGCGACACCGUCACCACACAACAGAUGCCGGCGAGGGCGGGUCAUCCCAGCGGGUCAUCUCUGACGAGGCCUACUGCCCUUCGGACAGUGUGCUGCCCACCCCCACGGCUGAACACAGCCUGGAGCUAGCCGUGGCACGCCACCCUAAUGGAGCCCCCUGCAGCAUCGAAGAGGAGGAGUCGGAGGCCGGGACUCCUGAGGGACAGGUGGCUGAGUUUGGCCCCGACGGCAGAGUGCUUCGGCUGGGUCGGACCAGGAAGUCUCUCCCUAACAACGAGGUGCAGGAGCUACAUAAGUUCAUCCUGAGUGUUUUGCGUAUGUUCCUGGUGACCAUGGGACUGCUGUUUGCCCUGCUCUCCCUCCUCAUCAUGCUGACUGAGUCUGACCUGGACAUCGCCUUCCUCCGGGACAUACGCAAGACGCCUGAGUUCCAGCAGUUCCACUUUGAGUAUUUCUGCCCUCUCAGACGGUGGGUUGCCUGCAAGUUCCGCUGGAUGGGAGGCUUCCUUAUAGACAAGUGAGAAAGACUGAGCGAUGGAGGGAGAGAAAGAGGAGUGAAUGAAAAAGAGGCCUCCUCUGAGAGGACAUAUGUGAAGGAUGGAGGGAGGAUAGGAGGAAGUAAAGGAAGGCUGUAGACAGGAAGGGAGGGCUGCUCCAUCUCAAUGGGAAUUAACAUUCAAGCUUCUCCCACAAGUCACUUCCUGUUACAAGCCAAGGACCGCCCCCUUCGCUGACCCUCUUCCCUUUUCUAAUCAUCAGACUGAACGGAGGACAUUUUCUGAGCUCAUGUUUUACUUUGGAAAUUCAGGUCAUUUCAAGGUACUUUAUUUUUUACCAAGAGACAAGUUAACAGAGUUAUAAAACAACAUGAAAUGAGAUGUCUGAGGUCUGUUGUAGGCCUGGGAGGAAACACAUAUUAUUCAACCAACAGAACAGUUGCCUUUAUUUUCUAUUACUUCAUAUGAACAUCAAUUGUAAGAGAGAAAAAAACUGUAUAAUAAUAAGAUGGAUACAAAUAUAUUAGAUGGACAUAUAAAAACAGAGGUGUGAAGUGUUGA